GAGUGACAAGGAAAGGAGAAAGCUUAGUCAUCAAGCUUUUUUUCCUCAUUCUUCUAAAAACACUUUACCUGUCUUAAGUGUUACUUGAUAGGCCAAUUUUUACAUACAUUUCCUUUUCCCAUUUGCAGGCCUUGCUGUCAGCAAGCAGUCCUGCAACAUAUUAGGUGACCAUUCAGCAAGACAAUUUCAAGGGAAGUGUUUUAAGACAAACAGGGCAUGAUCCUGGCUGACCUUUAAGCUGUUGAAAAGAAGUUCUUUUGUUUCUGUGGAGAUGUAAGUGCUCACACAAUGGAUUUAUAGCACAGGAAAAGGAAAGAAGAAAAAGGAGACCUCAGUUUUUAACUUAUCACAGAGGGAACGCUCAGAUAAUACCAGGGCGUUUGGACAUUUGAGGUAUGUGCAGACCACAUGGCCGCAGAAAGCCAUGGUGACUCUUAUAGACUACCCAGCUCCUAUGGAGCUGUUUUCAAAAGCUGGAGAGCUGAGAAUGCCAUUUUCUGAUGUGGUCAAAUACUGCAUUCUGGGUAUCUCCAUCAUUCUCCUGCUGCUGGCUCUGGGCAUCUUAGCCUGGCAGAUCUACAGAUUCUGCACAGAGAAAUACACCACAUACACCCAGCAAGAUGCAGGGCAUAAUGAUUUGCUGUAUUCAGACGAAGGGCCAACAACAACAGGAAACUACUCAGGAGCUCCAAGUACCAAACUGGAGGAUGUCAGCACAGAGGCCCACAGACUGAGUCGCUGCCUGUCUCAGCCCUCGUUUCCCUCCUUAGCAUCCACAGAGGCAGCUGGAGACAAAGAAGAGCAGGCAACUAUUCAAAAGGUGGAUGGAUCAUUACGAUUCUCCGUCUACUAUGAUCAGAUGCAGUCACGUCUGGUGGUCACCGUGCUGCAGGUGGAGGGGCUUUUGGAACAGAGUGAGAGCCGAACCCUCCAACCAUUUGUUAAAAUACUGCUCUUGUGGGCUGGAUCAGAGGCUGUAGAAGUCGAGGGCUUUAAAGAUGAAGAGGGGGAAGAUAUGUCGCCUGUUCUGUGGACAGUACUGCAGGAGUGGCGUACUCGCAUUGUGAAAGGCAGCUGUAACCCUUUAUUUGGAGACCAGUUCAGCUGUGUUUUACAAGAGGAAAAGCUUCAUCACAUGAACCUAAGGAUGGAGGUAAGAGACUUUGAUAAAUUCUCCAGAAACACAGUGUUAGGAGAUGUGAGGGUUCCUUUAGGACAGCUCAACAUCUCCUACCCUCUGGAACUACAAGAGGAUCUAAAGAUACCGCAGAAGGUACUGCAGGGGGCGCACACACACAACACACAGCAUGCACACAGGCCUGGCUUUCAGUAGCAUCUCAAGUAGUUGAUGUUAUGUAAAGGUGAAAUACAGA